AAAACCCUAGAUUUGGGAAUCAAUAUAUUUGUUAGAUUGUUGGGUAUCGAAGCGGAGUAAGGUUUAGGAAAAUGCAGAUCUUCGUGAAAACCCUAACAGGGAAGACCAUAACCCUAGAGGUCGAAUCCAGUGACACUAUCGACAAUGUUAAGGCCAAGAUCCAGGACAAGGAAGGUAUACCACCGGACCAGCAGAGAUUGAUAUUCGCCGGAAAGCAGCUUGAGGAUGGCCGUACUCUGGCUGACUACAAUAUUCAGAAAGAAUCAACCUUGCAUCUGGUUCUGAGGCUUCGUGGUGGCAUCAUUGAGCCUUCUUUGAUGGCAUUGGCUAGGAAAUAUAAUCAGGACAAGAUGAUCUGCCGCAAGUGUUAUGCUCGUCUGCACCCCCGUGCCGUUAAUUGCAGGAAAAAGAAGUGUGGACACAGCAAUCAGUUGAGGCCAAAGAAGAAGAUCAAGUAGAUUGCACAUCAUGAGGGAGGAAUUCUACUUUUAUUAUUAGGUUUCUAUAUUUUGUUUGGACAGUAUAAUUGUUAUAUCGGUCAUCUUGACUAUCUUAAAGUUAGCUAUAAUUUUAAAACAAUUGUGGUA